AUGUAUACAUAUAUCAUCGGGCUAAUCCCCGUGCUACUUUUCUUUUACUCACCCAUUGUCGAGCUGUUCUCUUCUCCGUCUCAAAGCCACAGCCCCCCUCCUCGUCAGUUCAACCCAGAGCUUCUCGCCCUAGAGGAGCCUUCCAAUCACACAUGCCCGACUGACACUUACCUUGUUCAUGUUUUUUCUCGGGAGCCACUGGUUCUUUAUGUCGAGAACUUCCUCUCAACUGAUGAACGGGAUCAUUUGCUUGAAAUAAGCGAACCACUUUACAGCCCCUCUACGAUAACCCACGACGGCGGCGGCACCACACACCACGACCGCUCCGUCCGCGAUUCCGACGUCGCGCUCGUCCCGCGGACCUCUACUGUGCGGUGCAUCGAGGAUCGUGCACGUGCCCUCCAGGGAUGGCGCGACGAGGUCUGGAUUGAGCGCCUGCGGGUGCAGCGGUACGGUCCCGGCGGGCACUAUGCUCACCAUUUUGACUGGAACCCUGCGCGCAGUGGAUGGGGGAGAGUGAGUAGCGCGAUGGCGUGGGUUGGAAAAAGUGAAGAAGGGGAUGGCGAGGGGUUGGUGGGGGGAGGGACGGAGUUUCCGUUGUUGAGGGCGGUGGAGAGUGGGAGUCGUUGGUGUCGGUUUGUGGAGUGUGCUGAGGCUAAGGAAGGGGAUGGGCACACGGAUGGUGAUGGGGCCGGCGGCGCGGUAAAGGGGGUUGUGUUCAAGGUAUUACCGGGCAAUGCGGUGUAUUGGGAGAACUUCAAGGCGGAUGGGAGCAGAAGGGGGUUUGAGGAGACAUGGCAUGCUGGAUUACCUGUCCAGAAGGGGGAGAAAGUAGGGCUGAACAUUUGGAGUUGGGGCCGGAUUGAGUAA